AUGGCAUCUGUAUCCAGUCAGCAACAGUUCCGCUACACGCAACCUCCAUCCAAGGUUCUUCAUUUAAGAAACCUGCCAUGGGAGUGUACAGAGGAGGAACUUGUUGAAUUAGGGAAGCCAUUUGGCAAAGUUGUCAACACAAAGUGUAAUGUUGGAGCAAACAGAAAUCAAGCUUUUAUUGAAUUUGUGGAAUUAAAUCAAGCUAUUGCAAUGAUAUCAUAUUAUGCCUCGUCCUCAGAACCAGCUCAGGUACGAGGGAAAACAGUGUACCUACAAUAUUCCAACAGGCAUGAAAUAGUGAACAACAAAACUACUGCAGAUGUUGCUGGGAAUGUACUGUUAGUGACAAUUGAGGGCACUAAUGCGCGCCUUGUCAGCAUUGAUGUUUUACACUUGGUGUUUUCAGCUUUUGGGUUUGUACAUAAGAUUACUACCUUUGAGAAGACAGCUGGAUUCCAGGCUUUAGUGCAAUUUUCUGAUUCCCUAACUGCCUCAUCCGCGAAGGAUGCCUUGGAUGGAAGAAGCAUUCCGAGUUAUUUGAUUCCAGAGCUGGGACCAUGUUCCUUUCGCAUCACAUAUUCUGCACACACAGAUUUGAGUGUGAAAUUUCAGAGCCAUCGUAGCAGGGAUUACACUAAUCCUCACCUUCCUGUUGCUUCCUCUGCAAUAGAUGCAAGUGGUCAGUUUAGUUUGGGUUUGGAUGGGAAGAAAUUAGAGCCUGAGAGUAAUGUUCUUCUUGCUUCUGUUGAGAACAUGCAAUAUGCAAUUACCUUGGACGUUUUACACAUGGUUUUCUCUACUUUUGGGACUGUUCUAAAGAUUGCCAUGUUUGAUAAAAAUGGGGGAGUUCAGGCGUUGAUUCAAUAUCCUGAUGUUCAGAUGGCUGUUGUUGCCAAGGAAGCCUUGGAGGGACACUGCAUAUACGAUGGAGGGUAUUGCAAGCUUCACAUCUCAUAUUCACGCCACACUGAUCUCAGUAUCAAGGUAAUGUAAUUAUGCCCUUGGAUAUGUAAGUUUUUAAUAUGAGAAUAUUUUUCCCUGGAUCUUACCAUUUUUCGGUGUUCACUUCUUGGAGAUUUGCAUGGUAAAAUAUGUGCACAAUUAGGGGUGUUCAAAUUUCCGACAGGCCACAAGUUCCUACCCUACCUGAUCCUACCCUACCCUAUUGAACGAUUAGCCGCAAAAAUCAGGUAGGAAUGCGGAAGAAUUUUUGGUCUUCCGACAAUUUUCG